GUGUUAAGCAACGCAUCUGCAUUUCGAAACAUCAACAUUAAAAUGUUUGAUACUCAUUUGUUUUUCUCUAGUUUUUUAGUCGAUUUAUGAAUUCAUUAGUAUUUACGAAUAAAGUGUUUCGAAAGUAUAACGUUUCUGUACACAAUGGAACAUACGCCAAAAGCUCAUGCUGAGCUGGAGGUAACGGGAGUGUCCCGUAGCGGGCGAGUAUGUAAAAAAUCCUCGAAGCUUAUGGACUUUCAAUCGCCGGACGAUAUCACAGACUCAAAGCAGAAGAAAACUCUGAAGUCCAAAAUUCCGAACACUUCCGCCGGGAAUGCUUCUGCGCUCGGUUAUCUGGCGGAUACAAUCAAAUCAGAACCGGAUUAUGAUGUUCCCCUGGAUGAUAGUGAUGUAUCCUCCGAUUCGGGGGAUCAUGGAAACGAUUCUUCGAUGGAUUCCGACGAUGAUGAUGUGCUGGACAUUGAAGAUUUGGAGGAACCCCAUGAUGAGGACGAUAAAAGUGAGGGUGAGCUGGUCAUAGAGUUGGCUCCCAAACGAAGCCUGUAUAUGACGGAGAAAUCCUCGAAAUAUAAGAAGAUGCUGAAGGAUGGAAAGGUUGUAAUGGGAAAAACACAGCGCAAGGAUAAGGGCGUGCGACGAUUCACCGCUUAUAUGCUAUGGGCGAAGGAAGCUCGCAAGCAAAUGCUUAGCAAUCCUGAUCUUGAUUUUGGUACGAUUUCCAAACGACUCGGAGAAAUGUGGGCAAACGUACCGAGUAAUCAGAAGUACAAUUGGAAGCGGAGAGCCAAGCGGAUUGCGAAUAAAUUUAAGCAGAGCAAUGAUAAAGCUUUAGAAUUACCUUUCGUUAAGCGGUAUUUGCAUCUUGGUCAGUCCGGAUCUGCUGGUGCCGCCCCUUCAACGCCAGUCACGCCAACGACCAGUAGUGGGGGUUCGAAUGGAACACAUGUUCGAGCUAAGAAAAUGCCACAGAAAGCGAAUUUGUCUCCGACCGAUUCGAAGAGUGCCAUAGUGUCUGCCCAUCAUCAUCAGUCUCCAGACUCUCCGACAAAAACAGGAGCUCACAGUAAAGCUCCUGGCUUUCAACCCACAGAUGUGGCUGCUCAUUUGAAACUUCUGGGAGAUAGCUUAACCAUAAUCGGAGAGCGACUUAAAGAACAUGAGGGUCAGAUCGCCGUUUCUGGAAGCUUGUCGGUUCUCUUGGACAGCUUACUUUGCUCACUAGGACCGUUGAUGUGUCUAUCGAUCCAUAUCCCGGGGUUGCAAACGAAUACGGAACACCUGAAAGAGUUGUUUCAGAAUACGCUGGAUAAUAUUGCUUACGUUAUGCCUGGACUAUAAUCAGAACUGUGUUAAAAGUC